AGUAGUAUUCUUCUUCACUAUUUUAAAGCUCAGUAUUUUCAAUCUGGGAGGAAAAAUGAUCCAAAGGCACGGAGGCUUAGAUUGGGUUCAAAGGGUCAGUGAUUUUUCCCAUUAUUCGUUUGAAACACAUAUUCUUCAUUGGAUUGAAGACAUAAUUUAAGAGAAAUGACGAACUGUAGGAGUAAAUGUAUGAUGGCGAGUGAAGGCUUGGAAGAUAGAAUAAGCAACCUGCCAAGUGGGAUUAUAGAUCGUAUAUUAGAAUACAUGUCUGUUCGAGAUGCUGCGAGGACGAGUAUCUUGUCAAGAAAAUGGAGGGAUUUUUGGCCUAUGCAUUCAAAACUAAUCUUUGAUGAGCACACUUUUAGAGUCAUUAGGCAUGGCGUAUUACUAAAGCCCGAUAACCAGAUCGAUAAGAUAAUCAAUAAAAUUCUGUUACAACACAUGGGACCCAUAGUAAAAUUUCUCUUGGAUCUUUCAUAUAUAAAUUCGGCACGAUAUUCAGAUGUGGAUCAAUGGAUGUUUUUUCUAUCAAGAAAUGGUGUACAAGAACUUUCCCUCCUGUAUUCGAAGCUGACAGGAAAAUACUACAGACUGCCGUCCUAUGUAUUCUCUUCUUCAUCAUUAGAACACUUGGCACUUCAUAAAGUUAUAAUCAAACCCCUUGCUUGUAUAUUUAUGGGCAACCUCACUUCUCUUUCUUUUAAAAAUGUCAAGUUUGAGUCAAGUUCAUCUGAAGGUUAUUCUUCCUGUCUUAGGACCCCACAACUCAAGAGAUUGUCCAUUGAAAUUUGUAAUGGUAUUCACCAUUUAGAAAUUGUUGCUCGUUCACUCGAAGUCUUAACAAUCUAUUCGAGUGCUGCUAGAUGCAUCGGCUUUCUUAACCCAAACAUAAAGGAGUUCAAUUUUGCAUGGCGCCGAGAGGUGCCAACAAAACAUGGUUUCCACUUAUUAUCACGGCUUCUUGCAAAAUUGCCAAAAAUUCAGAUUCUUCACUUUGACGGCUUCUUCCUCAAGUAUUUGGCUGGAGGUCAUACACCAUCUGAGCUUCCAAGAACAGCAGAGGGCCUUGAAUAUCUCAAACUAGAUGACUUGAAUUUCAAAGAUUUGGAUCAGAUUGCUACUGUUAUUUCCUUGCUUCAAAGUUGCCCCAAUUUGUGCAUUCUUGAUCUCAAGGUUUCAUCAAGAAUUAUAACUUAUGGAGAUGCGGUUCUGAAUUAUUUGAACACCCCAAAUUGCAUGAAACACAACCUCAUCAAGCGUAAGACUCUGAGGUUAUACUUGUACCAGAAUCCUGUUGAGGAACUGAUAUUGCUGAAGCUUCUACUUGCUCGUUCUCCAUCCCUUGUUAAGAUUAUAAUCGAAGAGACACGUCACAUGGAUUCAGUCGAGGGCUUCAGAAUUGCCAGAGAAUUGUUAGGGUUCUCUCGAGCAUCACCAAAUGCCAACAUAAUAUGGAACCGGUGUAAAACUAGCUAGACAUGUCUUUUGCUGUAAACAUAUUACUCAAAAACUCGUAAAACUAGUACAAAUAUGUGGCCACUGCAACUUUAUCCUUU